AUGCCUGGCUCCACCCCUACGAGACCUGUCGAUUGCACGAUUGACUUCGACGUCAGCCAUUUAUCAGGAAAGACUGCUGUAGUCACUGGAGGCGGCAGUGGUCUUGGGGAAGCAUACGUCCGAGCACUGGUCAACGCAGGCUUAAAGGUGUGUUUCGGUGACCGCGAUGUCCACCGCGGACAACAGCUUGCCUCUGAACUGAAAGACUGUCGCUUCGUACACUGCGACGUAACAAACUGGGACGACCAAGUCCGCCUCUUCAGCGAGGCCACCUCCCUAUCUACCACCGGCAAAAUCGACUACGUAGUCGCCAACGCCGGCAUUAUACACGCAGACGACGUGUUCACAUUCGACGGUCCCUCCCAAGCCCCCCAAAAGCCCAACCUCGACAUCAUCUCCGUAAACCUCAACGGCGCCCUCUACACCACCAAACUCGCAUCCCACUACUUCAUGACCCAAAACGGCACUUCCCCAUCCCCCUCCCAAACAGACACCUGUCUCGUCCUCAUCGGCUCUGGAGCUGCUUACCUAGACUGUCCGCGAGGGCCCCAGUAUAGCGCGUCAAAGUAUGCGAUGCGCGGCAUCAUGCAUUCGCUGCGUAGGACAGCGUACUACUACGGGUCUCGCAUCAACAUGAUUUCGCCGUGGUACGUGCGCACGGGCAUCCUGUCGCACGACGAUUUUGAUGCCGUGGAGAAGGCGGGGGUGCAGUUCGCUACGAUGGAAGAUGCGGGGCAGUGUUUGUUGAGGAUUCUGAGUGAUGCGAGUGUCAACGGGCGAUCGCUCUUUGUUUCUGCGAGGAAAUGGGCGGAGAGGGGGUAUGUUGAUUUGGAUUUGGAUGAGUAUCCAGGCAAUGGGUUGUUGGAGGAGAUACAGGCCGAUCAGGUCAAGUUUGCGCCUGUAGAGGCUGGUCUAUUUGUCUGA